AGACUCUUCUUGUCAGAAGGACAAAAAUUAGUCUAGAUGAGGCAAUGGCGGUUCUAAGAGAGAACGAGAGGAUGAUGUCUCGAGAUGAUCUUUGUUCAUCAGAUGAUGGUAAAGCGCUGGCUGUGCUUGGUAAAGCGCUGGCUGUGCUUGCCCCUAGAGAAAGAUCCAAAUCUAGGCCUAAUAGAGAUUUAAGUAAUGUGGAGUGUUACUAUUGUGGUGAAAGGGGACAUAUUCAAAGUCGUUGCCAGAUGAUGAGAGAUGACUUGAAAGCUUUUCGAAGGGCUCAAGAGACAAAGGGAAAGGCGAAGAAAGAUGGCGAGGGUUCUUCAAAUGUGGUGAUAAAUGCUGACAGCGAUGAUGGUGAUUUGUUCUUAGCAAGUCAAGAUGACUUAAAGGAAGGCCAAGAAAAAUGGGUGUUGGACUCAGCAGCCUCCGUUCAUAUAUGUAAAGAAGUAUCUAGUUUUGACAAACUUUGCUAAGACGGAGAAUACGGGCACAUCAACAUGGGAGGAGGACAGAAGAUGCUUAUAAAGGGCAUGGGCACAGUCACGUUAAAACUUCAUAGUGGUGUCACAAGAACAUUUUACAACGUGAGGUAUGUCGGUACAAGAAAGUGGUGCAAAGUGUACCGUGGUGCAAACCUUGUGUUAGAGGGAAAGAAAGCAGAGAACAAUCU